AUGGCCUUGGCCGACAGCGCCCGCGGGCUCCCCAACGGCGGCGGGGGCGGCGGGGGCGUCCGGAGCACCAGCAGCGGCGGCGGCGGCGUCGGCCCUCGAGCCCCCGCGGCCUCGGAGCUGGCUUCUUCGCCGCCGUCGGGGCCCAUCCCGGAGAUCGUGGAGCUGAACGUGGGCGGCCAGGUGUACGUGACCCGGCGAGGCACGGUGCUGUCGGUGCGGGGCUCGCUGCUCUGGCGCCUCUUCUCGCAGCAGGAGCCGGCCGAGCUGCCCCGCGACUCCAAGGGCCGCUUCUUCCUGGACCGCGACGGCUUCCUCUUCCGAUACAUCCUGGACUACCUGCGCGACCAGGAGCUGGUGCUGCCCGAGGGCUUCCCGGAGCGCAACCGCCUGCGCCGAGAAGCCGAGUACUUCCAGCUGCCCGAGCUGGUGCGCCGUCUGGCGGCGUCGGGCUCCUCGCCGGGCCCGCCGCGCUUCGCCGGGCUGCUGCGCGACUCUUCGGUUUGCGCCGACGAGCCUCCGGCCGGGCUGGCCUACCUGGAGGCGGACUUCACCGAGGGGGCUUCUCCCACCUCGGGCCGCAGCCCGUCGGGGCCGCCGCCCACGCUGGCCGCCUCGCUCUCGCUGGACGCCGGCGGCGGGGGAGGCUCGGCCGGGCGGCGCUCGGGCUACAUCACCAUCGGCUACCGGGGCUCCUACACCAUCGGGCGGGACGCGCAGGCCGACGCCAAGUUCCGACGGGUGGCGCGCAUCACGGUGUGCGGCAAGACGGCGCUGGCCAAGGAGGUCUUCGGCGAGACGCUGAACGAGAGCCGCGACCCGGACCGGCCUCCCGAGCGUUACACGGCCCGCUACUACCUCAAGUUCAACUUCUUGGAGCAGGCCUUCGACCGGCUGAGCGAGGCCGGCUUCCGCAUGGCCGCCUGCUCCUCCACCGGCACCUGCGCCUUCGGGCCCGAGCAAGGCGGCCCCGCCGAGGACAAGAUCUGGACCAGCUACACCGAGUACGUCUUCUGCCGCGAAUGA